AUGAGUUCAACGUCUGAUGCAAGUACUGUUCCACAAAAGAAAAGCCGUGUUGAGUUUGAUCCGAGUGAUAUUAUCGCCGACCCAGGGCUUCAAAAACCAAUUGAAGAGUACGACAUAGGAAUAAGAGAUCAAGUAAGGAGAGAGUAUUUGUUAAUGGGUCCAUGUCAACCAGUUGGUCACAAUUUUCCUAGAAAACAACAAGGAAAAGAUUUGAGAAGCUUUAAAGAAGUGUGGUUUCAGAAAUUUGAUUGGUUGGAAUAUAGUGUGGAGAAAGAUGCAGCUUAUUGUUUCUAUUGUUAUCUUUUUAAGCAAUCAAGGGGAGAUAAACUUGGGAUUGAUGCCUUCACAAAGACAGGGUUUAGCAAUUGGAAGAAGGCCAUGGAAGUUUUCACUGAGCAUGUUGGAGGAGUUAAUAGCAACCACAACAAUGCAAGGCGACAUUGUGAGGAUUUCAAAAAUCAGAGACAAAGUGUGUCACACAUAUUCUCUUCUCAUAACAGAGAGAUGGAGAUUGCAUAUAGAGCUCGUGUCACUGCUGUUUUACGUGUUGUUAGAUUUCUUCUGUUGCAAGGUCUUACUUUUCGUGGACAUGAUGAAUCUUCUAGUUCCACAAAUAGGGGUAACUUUCUAGAGAUGCUGAAUUGGUAUGGGACAGAAGUUGAAAGUGUUGGUCGUGUGAUUAAUGAAAAUGCUCCUGGAAAUAAUCAAAUGACUUCUCCACAAAUACAGAAGGAGUUAGUAAGGGCUUGUGCAGAAGAGACCACACGGGUCAUUAUUGAUGAGAUUGGAGAUAGUCAUUUCUCUAUACUUCUUGAUGAGUCUCAUGACAAAUCAAUAAAAGAGCAAAUGGCUGUGAUUGUGAGGUUUGUGAACAAGCAAGGCCAAGUAAUUGAAAAGAUUUCUUCUUUGUUGAACAUGUUGCCGAUACUUGACCUCUUCAUUAAAAGACGACUUUGGAUGGAUUGUUUGCCCGUUAUGGUUUAUCUAUUUCUAGAUUGA